AUCAGGUACCUUAGAUAGAAGGUGCUGUGGCGAGGUGUUUCGAAUGCGAUAUAACUGUCAUGGCGGCGCCUAUGUUCUCCAAACGUGAGUCCCUUGGAAAGAGAAUAUUUGAAGCAUCUUCCUUUCUGAACUCAAAAUCCAAACACAAGGGCACAGUAUUGAAUCAUUAUUUCAAUUGUUCAGUUGGAUUAACAUUGCCGGAUACUAACACUGUACCCGAUGCUGUACAUGAUAUUUGUAUGGAGGAGAAAUCUUUCACGGUACAGGGAUUGUCAGUGUUAGAACUGAUAGACAUGGAUUUGAUUGGAGCUUUUAUCAAAACAGGUCGCCUGUGUCUGAUGUCUCACAAGACUCACAUCGACAAUGAGGACUGUGUUGCUGUUCUCCCUAAUGGUCACCUGAUCCUCCACCUGACGAAAGACACUUACCAGUGUUUAGGACUGGAGGGGAGGCCUGCAGAAUUUCCUCGUAGGAAUCCGGACAAAUUUGUGGUCACAAUAAACCUCCUAGAGAAAUGCUUCAGACCAGAAAAGAAAAAGUAUCAACAAGUGUUUAGAAGUCUUCGAGAUCGGCUUGAUGUGCGGUUUGACGUCAUCAUGACAUGGACUCCCAAUGAUGCUGCACUGUGCUCCAGCUCCUUACAGAAGUACUUCCAGAUAAAAGGUCAUAAUUGUUUAAAGACACCUGUGAAAUGUCAGCAGAGACUGUUAAAACAUCUAGAGAUUCCCUUACUUGAUGCAGAAUUAGACAGCUGUGAUGAACGAGAAUACACCGAGGAUGACAUGUACGAGUGGCUGGGAGGGGUAGCCGUUAACUCAUGUCUGAAUGGUGAUCCAGAUAGCUACAUUACAACAUAUCGUUACCCGGGUCCAAUGCGAGAAGCUGACCAUUCUGUGUAUGUCCAGUACAAAGGUUUCUUUUCUCCCAGCACCAUACAUGAGGUGUUGGAGGAGCUCAGGUUUCAACAGAUUAGGCUCUUAGCAACACUGAAAAGUCUUCGGAGGAUGAAACAACAGUAUGAUGCAGAAAAUACCUACAGAAGGCGAAAAUUCCCUGGGCGUGUAUGACAGUUCAUGGACUUGUUGACGCACCAGUAUCGUGGGGAACUAAGGAUCAUGGUUUUCUAUCUAGUGGUGACAAUAUUUACUCAUUUCUGGU